CUUCUCUCUCGAGAAUCUUGGUGGAAAACCAAUGGCAUCGGUGUACAUCCCGGUGCAGAACUCGGAGGAAGAGGUUAGGGUUGCACUCGACCAGCUUCCCAGGGACGCCUCCGACAUCCUCGACAUCCUCAAGGCCGAGCAAGCCCCUCUCGAUCUCUGGCUCAUUAUCGCGAGGGAGUAUUUCAAGCAGGGAAAAAUUGAUCAAUUUCGCCAGAUUUUGGAGGAGGGAUCCAGCCCGGAAAUCGAUGACUAUUAUGCUGACGUUAGAUAUGAGAGGAUUGCUAUAUUAAAUGCCCUUGGGGCAUACUAUAGCUACCUUGGGAAAAUUGAGACUAAACAAAGAGAAAAGGAGGAGCAUUUCAUUUUGGCAACUCAAUAUUACAAUAAAGCAUCGAGGAUCGACAUGCAUGAGCCCUCGACAUGGGUUGGGAAAGGUCAACUUUUGCUUGCAAAGGGAGAAGUAGAGCAGGCAUCUGCUGCAUUUAAGAUUGUAUUAGAUGGAGACCGAGAUAAUGUUCCUGCUCUUCUCGGCCAGGCCUGUGUUGAGUUCAACCGAGGGCGGUAUUCUGACUCACUUGAGUUGUACAAGAGAGCAUUGCAAGUUUAUCCCGAUUGCCCUGCACCUGUUAGGCUUGGCAUAGGUCUAUGUCGCUACAAAUUAGGUCAAUUUGAAAAGGCUCGACAGGCAUUUGAGCGAGUUUUGCAGGCAAAUCCAGAAAAUGUUGAGGCUCUUGUAGCACUUGCAAUAAUGGACUUGCGUACCAAUGAAGCUGCUGGAAUUAGAAAGGGAAUGGUAAAGAUGCAGAGGGCAUUUGAGAUAUACCCUUAUUGUGCAAUGGCUCUGAAUUAUCUUGCAAAUCAUUUUUUCUUCACUGGUCAACAUUUCUUGGUUGAGCAACUGACUGAAACUGCAUUAGCUGUCACCAAUCAUGGUCCAACAAAGUCCCAUUCUUAUUAUAAUUUAGCGCGCUCUUACCAUAGCAAGGGGGACUAUGACAAAGCAGGGGUGUAUUACAUGGCAUCUGUCAAGGAAGUCAACAAGCCUCAUGAAUUUGUGUUUCCUUAUUAUGGUCUAGGACAAGUGCAAUUAAAGUUGGGAGAUUUCAGAAGUGCCCUGUCAAAUUUUGAAAAGGUUCUGGAGGUGUACCCGGAUAAUUGCGAGACAUUAAAAGCACUGGCACACAUAUAUGUUCAGCUUGGUCAAACUGACAAGGGCCAGGACUUUAUUCGAAAAGCAACCAAAAUUGAUCCCCGUGAUGCCCAGGCAUUUCUUGAACUGGGUGAAUUGUUGAUUCUGUCUGAUACAGGAUCUGCCCUCGAUGCAUUUAAAACUGCUCGUACUCUUUUUAAGAAGGGAGGCCAAGACGUACCAAUAGAAUUACUCAAUAAUAUUGGUGUCCUUCAGUUUGAAAGGGGAGAGUUUGAGCUUGCUCAACAAACUUUUAAAGAGGCUUUGGGUGACGGCAUAUGGCUUUUUCUUAUUAAUGGGGGAAAUAAGUCUUCCAAUGAUAUUGCUACUUCUACACUACAGUUUAAGGACAUGCAAUUAUUUCAUAAGCUUGAAAGUACCGGUCAUCAUAUAGAUUUGCCCUGGGAUAAAGUCACAGUGCUCUUUAACCUGGCCAGAUUACUUGAGCAGUUAAAUGAUUCUGGAACUGCAAGUAUAUUGUAUCGCCUAAUAUUAUUCAGGUUUCCAGACUAUAUUGAUGCGUAUCUGAGGUUAGCUGCAAUCGCAAAGGCUCGAAACAACAUUCUGUUAAGCAUUGAGCUGGUUCAUGAUGCGCUAAAGGUGAAUGAAAAGUGUCCAAAUGCAUUAUCUAUGCUUGGUGAUUUGGAGUUGAAAAAUGAUGAUUGGGUAAAGGCAAAAGAAACUCUCCGGGCAGCCAGUGAUGCAACUGAUGGGAAGGACUCAUAUGCUACUCUUGCUCUUGGAAACUGGAAUUACUUUGCAGCCGUUCGGAAUGAGAAGAGAAAUCCAAAGCUAGAAGCUACUCAUUUGGAAAAGGCCAAGGAACUCUAUACACGAGUUCUGAUUCAGCAUUCUGCAAAUUUAUAUGCUGCCAAUGGUGCUGGAGUAGUGCUAGCUGAGAAAGGCCAUUUUGAUGUUUCAAAGGAUAUCUUCACUCAGGUUCAAGAAGCUGCAAGUGGUAGUGUUUUUGUCCAGAUGCCCGAUGUUUGGAUAAAUUUGGCCCAUGUUUAUUUUGCUCAGGGAAAUUUUUCUUUGGCUGUGAAAAUGUAUCAGAAUUGCUUGCGAAAGUUUUUUUAUAACACAGACUCACAAAUACUUCUAUAUUUAGCUCGUACUCAUUAUGAAGCAGAACAGUGGCAAGAUUGUAUAAAAACUCUACUAAGGGCAAUCCAUUUGGCACCCUCAAACUAUACAUUAAGAUUUGACGCAGGUGUUGCGAUGCAAAAGUUUUCAGCAUCAACAUUACAGAAGGCAAAAAGGACUGCAGAUGAGGUGAGAGCAACUGUAGCAGAACUGCAAAAUGCUGUUCGAGUAUUUAGUCAGUUGUCUGCUGCAUCCAACCUUCAUAUUCAUGGGUUUGAUGAGAAAAAAAUUGACACUCAUGUUGGGUACUGCAACCACCUACUUUCGGCUGCAAAAGUUCAUCUUGAAGCAGCUGAGCGUGAGGAGCAGCAAGUGCGACAGAGGCAAGAACUUGCUCGUCAGGUUGCAUUGGCCGAGGAAGCCCGACGGAAGGCUGAAGAGCAAAGGAAAUUUCAGAUGGAAAGGAGAAAGCAAGAGGAUGAACUGAAGAGGGUGCAACAACAGGAGGAACAUUUUAAGCGUGUUAAGGAACAAUGGAAGAGCAGCUCACACUCAAGACGAAGGGAAAGGACACCAGAAGAAGAAGAGGGUGGGACUGGCGAGAAACGGAGAAAGAAAGGUGGAAAGAGGAGAAAGAAGGAUAAGCACUCGAAAUCACACUAUGACAAUGAAGAAGGAGAAGCCGAUAUGAUGAAUGAACCAGAGAUGGAGGAUGAAGAUGUUGAUAACUACAUAGAGCCCCAAACUAUGGGGAAUGAUGAUGCUGAAGGGAAUGCUCAGGAUCUUCUUGCAGCAGCUGGACUUGAAGAUUCUGAUGCAGAAGAUGAUAUGGCUGCACCAUCGUCAAACAUUGCCCGCCGGAGGCAAGCGUUAUCAGAAUCUGAUGAUGAUGAACCAAUAAUGCGGCAAUCAAGUCCUAUAAGAGAAAAUUCUGCUGAUAUGGAGCUGAGUGAUGGAGAAAUUAGGGAGCCUAAGACAAAUGGAGAUGAUGGUAGUGACUAGUAGGAACAGUAUUAAAUUUUGGACUGUACAGGUUAGAUAUGUAUAUUGUCUUCUAGUGAUGAUCAAAUUCAGUGUUGUGAUGCUUUUUCAGUUCCUGAUAUCUAUAUGUAUAAAUUUGGAAAUGCUUAAUUUAGAAAGGCCAAAGUUUUCUGUUA